CUAUGCUCCAACAGUUAGAUAUAUUCUUUCCAAUAACAUUAUUUAUGGUACACCUCUUUCUUCUAGUAAUCUUACAACUUUACAGUCUCUUUAUCUUUUUUAUCUAUUGUAUUCCAACAAAGGAAUUUAAAGGGUGUAAACAUUUGUUUUUAUUUAUAUUGCCUCAGUUAACUUUUCUCAAAGUUGUGAAUGAUAAGGUAAGCUGAACAGAAGAUUGCAAUAAGUGAAAGAUGGAGGACACGCUUCGUAAAUACUGUGAGCUUUAUAUACCUGCAGAGGUAUAUCCUUACAUAGAACCAGGUAUAUAUGCAAUCCUGUUGGUCUCAGGUGGUGCUUUACUGGCAAGUUUUAUCAAACGAGUACACAUGAACCUGAAAGUUAAGGCAGCCAUAAAGGAUGCCCGCAAUAAACGUGCAGAACAACUAAAAGCAUUGAAAGAGAGGUUACAGAAAUCAAGUCUUACCACAGAAUUGAGAAACAAAAUUCUAUCACUGGACAUUGUCCAGCUACAGAAACAACUUAAAGAACGAUCAUUAAAAGCCAUUGACGUACUUCAUGCUUAUCAGUUCAAGGCACUUGAAGCACAAGAGAAAACCAAUUGUAUAAUUGCACUAAUUCCUGAAGCUGAGGAAUUAGCACUAAAUUGUGAUUCCCUGCCAUCUGUGACCAAACCUCUUCAUGGAAUUCCAAUAAGUCUCAAAGAAACCGUUGUUUGCAAGGGACUUCAUCAAACCUGGGCUUUGGCUUCCAGCCUGUUGGACCCACCAGCCACAGAUGAUUCAAAUUUUGUAAAGUGCCUGAAAGAACUUGGGGCCAUUCCAUUUGUCACAACAAAUGUACCACAGACUUUAAUGACCAUUUCCUGUGAUAACAAUAUUUACGGACAAACCCGUAACCCACAUAAUGCUGAUCGAUGCCCUGGAGGGUCCAGUGGAGGGGAAGGAGCUCUCAUUGGUUAUGGUGGAUCAAUUUUGGGAAUAGGAACAGACCUAGGUGGUAGCAUUCGUUGUCCCUCUCAUUUUUGUGGUAUUUAUGGAUUAAAAACAACAGUCAAUCGUUUUGGGACAGGAAGUUCAAAGGAAAUAAUGAAUGGUCAAAUUCUCAUUGAGAAUUCCACUGGUCCAAUGACACAGACUAGUGAUGGCUUAAUUAUCGCAGCAAAAGCAUUAUUCUCUCAGGAAGUUUUUGAAAUGGAUCCCCAAAUAUCACCAAUAAAAUUCCAGGAUCAUUUGUUUGAAAGCAAGAAAAAUCUACGGAUUGGAUAUUAUGUAACUGAUAAUGUAGUUAAUACUACCUCAGCCUGCCAGAGAGCAGUUCUUGUGGCAAAGAAAGCAUUGGAGGCUAAGGGACAUACAAUGAUUGAAUUUACUCCACCCAGAGUUUUGGAUGCUUUGUGUUUGGCAGCGAAAAUAUUGUGGUUGGAUGGUCGAAUAAAGACCAGAUUGAUAAAACAUGAAAAACCAAGUAAGGAAAUGUUCUUGGAAAGGAUGUUAGAAGGAUUUAACAGAAUUAUUGCUGCAUUCAUUUACCCUUUUGACAAAACAUCAUCUCGAUUCCUCUCUGUAAUGGAUGGAAUGACAAAAUAUGAUGACAUUUAUAAUUUGGUGGAUAAAAAACGGGAUUAUGACAAAGAGUUUGCUGAUGCUAUGCAAAAACAUAACUUGGAUGCUAUCAUCUGCCCUGUCUUUGGUUCACCAUCACUUCUAAUAAAUUGUCCAGGCUUCGGAAGGUUUCCAACCUAUACUUUACUCUAUAAUCUACUGAACUACCCUGGUGUGUCUAUGCCUGUUACCAAGGUAACUGAAGAAGAUGUAAAGAUGACUUAUAAUGCUAAAACAAUGGCUGAAUACUUUAUGAAAAAGUCAAUUCCAGGCAGUGUUGGACUUCCAGUCAAUAUCCAGGUUGUUGCUCCAACAUAUAAAGAUGAACUUGCAUUACGCAUCAUGAAAGAACUGGAUAGUGAACUGAAAAAGAAAAGCAACUAGCAUAUAGCCAUGGUAGUUCAUCAGACCUUAGAUAUACAUGAUGACUGAUAUCACAUGGGCUCCACUUCAGAGGAAAAUUGAACUGGUGUUAGGAAAUAUUUUUCACUAUUGUAGGACCACAGUAUUUUGAUAAAGA